AUGCAGACUGCAUCUACAAACAUUUGUGGAAGAACAGGUCACUCUCAGGAGCUCAGUGAAUUCAAGCAUGGUACCGUAAUAGGUUGCCACCUGUGCAAUAAGUCCAUCCGUGAAAUUUCCUUGCUACUAAAUAUUCCACGGUCAACUGUUAGUGGUAUUAUAACAAAGUGGAAGUAACUGGGAACAACAGCAACUCAGCCACGAAGUGGUAGGCCACGUAACAUGACAGAGCAGGGUCAGCGGAUGCUGAAGCGCACAGUGUGCAAGUCGCCAACUGUCUGCAGAGUCACUUAGUUCAAUGAAGGGAACUCUAAAGGUGUUAGCAUACCUAGACAUUUUGGACAAUUUUAUG